GCAGGCCCUCCACCUGGAACACCGCCACCCCAAACGAAAACAAAAUUUGGACCUUUAGCUGAUGCUGAUCGCAUUUUCACUAACCUUUAUGGUCUGCAUGACUGGCGUCUUAAAGGCGCAAUGAGACGUGGGGAUUGGUAUAAGACAAAAGAAAUGAUAGAGAAGGGACCUAAUUGGAUAUUAAAUGAAUUAAAAACUUCUGGUUUACGUGGACGUGGUGGUGCAGGUUUUCCAACAGGUAUGAAAUGGGGAUUUCUGAACAAACCUUCUGAUGGUCGACCAAAAUUUGUUGUAGUCAACGCCGACGAAGGUGAGCCAGGCACUUGUAAGGAUCGUCAAAUUAUACGACAUGAUCCACAUAAAUUAGUUGAAGGUUGCCUAAUUGCGGGACGAGCUAUGAGUGCAGGAACUGCAAUAAUCUAUAUACGUGGAGAAUAUUAUAAUGAGGCCUGCACACUACAACUGGCCAUUGCUGAGGCAUAUAAAGAAGGUCUUAUUGGUAAAAAUGCUUGUGGGUCUGGUUUUGAUUUUGAUAUAUAUUUACAACGUGGUGCUGGUGCUUAUAUUUGUGGUGAAGAAACAGCCUUAAUUGAAUCUAUUGAAGGUAAACAAGGCAAACCACGCCUAAAGCCGCCAUUUCCCGCUGACAUUGGAGUUUUUGGCUGCCCCACGACUGUAACAAAUGUUGAAACUGUUGCUGUGUCACCGACAAUUUGUCGCCGUGGUGGUCCAUGGUUUGCGAGUUUUGGACGUACACGUAAUUCAGGAACAAAACUUUUUAGUAUUUCUGGUCAUGUAAAUACACCAUGCGUUGUAGAGGAAGAACUCUCAAUGCCCUUGCGAGAAAUAGUCGAACGUCAUGGUGGUGGUGUGCGUGGUGGUUGGGAUAAUUUACUUGCUAUAAUACCAGGAGGCUCUUCUACACCUGUCGUACCGAGGAAACAAUGCGAGGAUGCUAUAUUUGAUUUUGAUGGUUUAUUGGCUGUACGCAGUUCACUGGGAACAGCUGCUAUUAUUGUUAUGGAUAAAAAAACAGAUAUUAUACGCGCAAUAGCACGCUUGAGUGCUUUUUAUAAACAUGAAAGUUGUGGACAAUGUACACCUUGCCGUGAGGGCUUGCACUGGGUCAAUAAUAUAAUGCAACGAUUUGUCACAGGAAAUGCGGAACCAAGCGAAAUUGAUAUGAUUUGGGAGAUCACCAAACAAAUUGAAGGACACACAAUAUGCGCAUUGGCGGACGGAGCAUCGUGGCCAGUUCAAGGCUUAAUACGUCAUUUUCGUCCUGAACUUGAGCAAAGAAUGAAAGACUUUAAAGCAAAACAAGUUAAGAAGAAAAUUCAUGUUUAAUGUGUAACUUCAAUGAAAGAAAAU